AUGUGUAAUCAUUUUUCUUCUAAAAGUGGUAAUCCUGCUCAAAGAAUUGUACACUAUUUUGCUGAAGCCUUGCGAGAGAAAAUUGAUCAAGAAUGGGGUAUGGUUGCAUCAUUAGAAGAUCUGGAAGGAGAAACAAGGAGGCCUAUUGAUGAGAAAUUGGCUCUGGUUAGUCUGCAACCUGGAAUGAUGGCAUCUCAACAAGAGAACCCUUUCUCCCUCGUUAGCCAAUUCACAGCAAUUGGAUCCAUCAGGGCAACUGUGGCAACAGCAAGGAGAGUUCACCUCAUUAAUUUUGGACUUGAUAAUGGACCACACUGGACGCCAAUUAUGCAGGAUUUUGCUGCUCAGGACGACUAUCCAAUUGAGAUUCUCAAGAUAACUGCUGUUGGAACCUCUAAACAGAUGAUGGAAGAGACAGGAAAGUGGUUGUCAGCUUUUGCAGAUUCCAUUAGUUUACCUUUUACGUUCAACAUUGUUGUUUCGGACCUGAAGGACCUCAAGGAAGACAUGUUCAAGUCAGAAGCUGAUGAAGUUGUGGCUGUUUAUUUGGAUAGGCGGCUUUGGACUCUGUUAGCAUGGCCAAAUUACUUGGAAGCAUUGAUAGGAGUGAUUAAAAAGCUGAAGCCACGUGUGAUGGUGGUCAAGGAAAUGGAGGCAAGCACAAAUAAUCCAAUUUUCUUGGAACGAUAUCAUGAAGCUCUGAUUUUUUUCAGUGGCAUGUUUGAGAGCAUCAGAGACUGCAUGGACAAUCACAUCUUCUACAGAAAGCAGACUGAAGAAGUUUACUGUCGGAACAUGAUUAGAAAUAUUAUCACAGCACAGGGUAAAGAGAGGGUACAUAGACAUGAAAGGGUUGCCUUCUGGAGGACCCUUUUUGCAAAAUUUGGCAUUGUGGAAACAGCUCUCAGUCAAUCAUCAGUUCGUCGAGCAAGCAUGUUUCUUAAACGGUCUGCUCUUUGCAGUUCUUUUACUAUUUAUACGGAUAGAAAAUGCCUCAUCUUGGGGUGGAAAGGAACCCCACUUAUCUCAGUAUCUGCCUGGAAAUUCCAGUAUGACUGA